AUGGCGAAAGACUCGCUGGAAACGUCCGACCAGUUCAAGAUGGUGGAGAUCCGAGACGAUCGGCAAACUCGGCAGCAAAAGUCCGUCGAACAAGAUCGCGAGGAUCUAGCCCGCAUGGGCAAAAAACAGGUGUUGAAAAGGCAAUUUGGCCUAAUGUCCAUGCUUGGCUUCGGCUGCAUAGUACUGAGUACUUGGGAAGGCGUAUUAGCCUUGUUCGUUGUGGGAUUUACCAACGGAGGCCCAGCAGGGCUAGUAUACGGAUAUCUUCUUACAUGGAUCGGCACGCUUUCAAUAUUCAUCACCUUGUCAGAGCUGGCAUCUAUGGCGCCAACAAGUGGAGGUCAAUACUAUUGGUGUGCAAUGCUCGGACCUCCUCAAUACGGCAAGGUUCUCAGCUAUAUCACCGGCUGGUUGACUGUUUUCGGUUGGCAGGCUAGUGUCAUCUCGGCUUCAUACCUUACUGGAACAAUGAUCCAGGGGCUUCUCAUUCUGAACUAUGCAGAUUAUGACCCGAAGCCAUGGCAAGCAAUGCUUCUGAUGUGGGCUUGUCUUCUGGUUGCCGUCCUCCUGAACACGCUUGUCAGCAACUUCUUGCCCAAGAUCGAAGGCGCCAUUCUCAUAUUUCAUGUGGUUGGAUUCUUUGCAAUCUUGAUUCCCUUGGUUUACCUUGCUCCGGGGCAUGGACCGGCUUCUGAGGUUUUCACCACGUUUCUGAAUGAAGGCGGCUGGGGUACUCAGGGGCUGUCAUUCUGGCUUGGAGUCAGUAGCACAGUCUUUGCGUUCCUUGGUGCGGAUAGUGUUGUCCACAUGUCCGAAGAAAUUCAAGGCGCAUCUGUCAACGUGCCACGGGCGAUCAUUGGAAGUAUCGCUAUCAAUGGCGCCCUUGGCUUCGGUAUGCUCCUAGCUGUGCUGUUUACCCUCGGAGAUGUGAAGGCUGUCCUUGGAACGGAUUAUAUCUAUCCCUUCAUUCAGAUUUUCCUCCAGAGCAAUAACUCGUCCGGCGGAACUACGGCCAUGACGGCAGUUAUUCUCGCAUUGACUUUCCUCUCGACCAUUGGACUCGUAGCAACCUCAUCGCGAAUGACGUGGUCCUUUGCGCGAGACCGCGGCCUUCCUGGGUGGAGAUAUCUUAGCAAGAAUCCACUGCCGAGCACCGAGGGUUCCCCGGAGCUGGCGUGGGGGCCAUGGAGGGUUCCGGGGUUUCUGGGAGUCGUCAACAAUGCUUAUGCAUGCAUCUGGAUGGUGAUAAUACUGUUCUUCAGCAGUUGGCCCAAGACAACCCCCACAACCGCCUCGACUAUGAAUUAUAGCAUUUUCAUCACGCUUUUCGUGGCCAUCGUCAGCGGGGUAUAUUAUGUUGUGUGGGGAAGGAAGACGUAUACAGGCCCGGUGGUCGAACUGGCCUUGCCAAAAUAG